UUCCAAAUUCAUCUUCAAUCCUGAGACGUAGCAAUUGAGAACAGCCUGAACUGUAGGUACAUAUCAUGUACGUAACGGCCAUCAGGGUGGGUUGUGUGCAGCAGCAGAAGUAGAAGUAAGAAGCCUUGGCCCCUGGCUCUACCUCAAGGUGGUUAGCAGUGGACUCUGGAGGAUUUCUUUGCCCACGUGCAGUCCCUUGGGACAGGCAACUCCUUGCCACCUGCGAACUACCAAUGUAUACUGAUGGAGUGAUCUUGGGCCUGUAUGUUGCAAGCCGUGACUUUGACCAGCGACGCGACGCACCUCGAGUUGCUACCCGCAAACAACUAUGGGUAAUUUCGGAACUGCUGUCAACUCCCUGUUGGGCACUUAUACCAAGUGCCUAUCUCUUCUCAAAGGCUUCCCUAAGGAUGAGGAUGCGGGGACGUUGAGUGAGACUCGCUCAACACUGAGCACCUCACUUCGAUCUGACAGAGCUCGAGUGCGACGAGAAUAUGCUUCACGACUUUCACAAGAUGGUUCUCGGUUUGAAAAAGGUGAUGCUCCUGCACGAUCGGCUCUUAGGCGCAUUGUGAGGAAACUCACAAACACCCUGGCCGAUGUUGUCCGCUCAUUUCAUGACCCGAAAGGACAGCCGAUCAAUUGCGAGUCUCUUCUAGCUCUAUCCACAGGCUCAAGUCUAGACGCCGUUCGCGCGAUGAAUGACUUGUCAGGCAGAGUAGGAUCAACAUCAAGUUCCAGUUCACGGGGUAGCAUCGUGAGCAGAGGACGACAGAGAUCCCGCCGUCAUAGCCAGAAAACCGGAGUCAAGUCUAAGAGACGUUCAACAGAAGAGCGGUCUAAGCGUGAGAAGACGAGAAGCAAGAAGCCCACGAGCCAGAGCCGGAGCCGGAGACGGACGUCCUCCGAUCGGCUGCAUCGUCAACAUGGUUCCAGAAGCCGGCAGCCGCCGGAAAUAAAAGGGCCUCAUAACCGAGUCUCAAUAGUGACCUUUGCUUCGGAUUCGACCAAGUUGGGAGAAAUCAGGCGGCGCCUGUCGAAGCAGAUGCCUCUGGAGGAAUAUGAGAAUAGGGUCGCUUAUCCAUUGUAUGCGUAUCAUGCCCAAGAGGCACCAGUGCGUAAGAAAUGGUGGAAUCCUUUCAGGCGCUCAUGACUGGUGAAACCUAUUUUUGAGCUGGAUUAAUACAUAUGAUACCCGAUGCUGUAUAUGAAUAUUGUUGUUGUUUGGUGGUGUACUAUUACCAUAUAGACCGUGUUAAGUUUGAGAUCUUUAUCUCAUCACGCAGACCAAUGAAAGAACAACCUAGAAUAGACUCACCCGACCAAAUCUCUCUCGAGGGGACUGUAAAGCCCUUCUAGGUAAGGUAAGGAACUUAAGAAUAUA